CGCGCAUGGGCUGGCCUAGUAGGAAGAGGAGGGUGGACGACAUGGCAAUUUCUACAGUGUCUCCGAGCACUGACGAACGCACGUUGCCCUCAAUCACGCCAACAGACACUCCAGGAAGCCUCGUUGAGCCUGGCCGGCAUCAGGCUGCGCACCGGCCCACGACAAAGUGAGCCGGGGAGAAAAGGUAGAGAGUCGGUGAAGAGUGUAGCUUCGUGCCCUGUUGUAAGGAAGCAGAAAAAGGGGAACCGAACCCACCAUGUCGGGGGUAAAAAAGAGAAAUUCGAACUCCUCGAUGAACAAGGAGGACGACCAGCAAGUGACCGAGAGGAUGCUGGGCAGUGGCACUGAGGACGCCACCCGGCCAGCAGCGGGGAGCCCCGCCAUCGCCGGUGCACAGGCGGCAGGCGAGGAAACUGUCGAAUUGAAGAGAACCAUCACCCUGAUUAAUGGCGUGGCCAUCAUCGUGGGCACCAUCAUUGGCUCCGGCAUCUUCGUCACGCCAUCCGGCGUGGUGAAAGAAUGCGGCUCGGUGGGUUUGUCUCUGGUGAUCUGGGCUGUGUGUGGGGUCUUCUCCACGGUUGGAGCUCUGUGUUACGCGGAGCUGGGGACCACCAUCUCUAAGUCUGGAGGGGACUAUGCCUAUAUCCUGGAGGUGUACGGCUCCCUGCCGGCAUUCCUCAAACUCUGGAUCGAGCUGCUCAUCAUCCGCCCGUCCUCCCAGUACAUAGUCGCCUACGUUUUCGCCACCUACCUCAUCAAGCCCCUGUUCCCCGUGUGCCAGGUACCGGAGACCGGGACUAAGCUCGUGGCCUGCCUAUGCAUCCUUUUGUUGACCUUUGUGAACUGCUACAGCGUGAAGGCAGCCACCAGAGUUCAGGACUUCUUUGCGGCAGCCAAACUGCUGGCUCUUGGCCUUAUCAUCAUCAUCGGCUUUGUCAAGAUUGGCCAAGGUGACGUUGAUGCGCUUCUCCCAGAAAAUUCCUUCCAGGAGUCCAAGUAUGAAUUUGGUAGCAUUGGCCUGGCCCUCUACAGUGGCCUGUUUGCCUACGGUGGCUGGAAUUACUUGAAUUUUGUCACUGAGGAGAUGAUUGAACCUUACAAAAACCUGCCUCGAGCCAUCAUUAUCUCUCUGCCAAUCGUGACAGCAGUGUAUGUCUUCACCAACCUGGCAUACUUCACCACCCUCUCCCCAGAACAGAUGAUCAACUCGGACGCAGUGGCUGUGGAUUUUGGCAAUACCCACUUAGGUCCGAUGGCAUGGAUCAUCCCAGUGUUUGUGGGGCUGUCCUGCUUUGGCUCUGUCAACGGUUCUCUCUUUACAUCAUCCAGAUUAUUCUUUGUGGGCUCACGGGAAGGUCACCUGCCUUGCCUGCUGUCAAUGAUCCAUCCAACCCUGCUGACCCCACUUCCUUCUCUUCUAUUCACGUGUCUGAUGACGCUGCUCUACGCCUUCUCCAACGACAUCUUCUCCGUCAUCAACUUUUUCAGCUUCUUCAACUGGCUCUGCAUUGCCAUGGCAAUUGUCGGAAUGAUGUGGCUCCGUUAUAAAAAGCCUGAACUGGAACGACCAAUAAAGGUAAAUAUCCUGCUUCCGGUGUCAUUCGUGCUCGCUUGCCUCUUCCUUAUCAUCGUAUCCUUCUGGAAGACACCGGUGGAGUGCGCAAUCGGUUUUGGCAUCAUUGCCACCGGACUGCCUGUCUACUUCAUUGGUGUGUGGUGGAAGAACAAACCCAAAUGGCUGCUGAAUGGAAUAUUCUCAACCACGGCCUUUUGCCAGAAAAUGAUGCAGGUGGUGCCUUAGGGGGGUGUAGUGUACACACCCUUGCUCCAGCAGUGACCUCUGUGCUCUGACAUCACAGCUGAUUCAUGUCUUCACCCCGAUGAACCUUUUCGCUCACUCUCGUCUCUCUGUCAUACACACACACAAGGAUAGGCCACGGAUAGGGAACUGGCUAUUUUCUCGAUAGGUUAACUGGGAAUAUUAAUCAUCAUUAAUUGUUAUUUUUUUGUAUUACGUUUUAUAUAUAUAAAUGUAAAACAUAUGUAUAGACACACGAUAUACAAUAUGUAGAUCAAAGUAAACUAGUUGCGUCUCAGUCAACAGCACUGAGCAGUGCACUCGGUUUUGCUUUGCUUUUUCAACAAGUGAUUAAUCAAUUUCACACAAUCGAUUAAUUCUUAACUGAAUUAACCCAUGUAACACGCACACACACACACACAAACGCCGUCUAUGCAGUAACUGAUGAAGACGACAUUGUUCAGGUGUCUGAAGUACUGUACAAUUCAUCUGUUUGGGUUGUCAUAAGAAUAUUGCCAUGAGUCACUUACCUGCUUGUAGCUUAUGAUGUUCUUCAAUGAUGUAUUUAUUUUUGCUCACCUGGCUUCCUAUGUAACCUCAUCAGCAAAGUGUUCUUACGUGGCAGUGACAGUGUUGGCAAGAAGAUAUGCAAGCACUUUUUUCCUCCCUAGACUCCUCAAGUGCCAUUUUGGAUGGGUCCUCUACUGAAAAACAUUCUUGUUUAACCCAUUCAAUGCUGCUGUGGGUAGUGGGUGAAGUUCUUGGUUCGUUAUUGGCGUCCCUACUUAAAUUUAUAUGAACAGGAUCUACAGUGAGGACUGUACUGAUUGUCAGUAAAUUAAAGGAGUGCAUUGUGAAUUUUUUGGAUAUUUGGUUUGCCAUUGGCAAAUUUAAGCACUUAUGUGAAUGCUGAGAAAUGUCUGGAUCAGGGGUGUCCAAACUUUUUCCAGCGAGGGCCGUAUAUGGAAACGUCAAAGGAUGCAGGGGCCAUUUUGGUACAUUUUAUUUUGUAAAAAAUUAUAAAAAAGAGAAGUAUGUAUUUAAAGACAAAAUGUUGUGUUAUUGUGACACCUUUUUGCUCUUUUUUUUUGGUUUAAUUUAGUUUUUAGACUGUGCUGCAGGCCAAUGAAAAAUGAGCUGCAGGCCACAAAUGGCCACCGGGCCGUAGUUUGGACACCCCUGGUCUAGCUAGUGUACACUUACGGUAGGACUCAAAGUAAGGAAACUUAUGUAUAAAACAUACUCUUUAAAAAUCUACACCGCACAGUAUCUCCGGGUUGUAUUACAUUUUCUGUUAAAUCCUCAAUGACAUUUAAAAAUGUUUUUCACACGUGUGAUAUUUCCUAGAGAUAAGUAGGAGGUGAAAGGUCAAAGGGGUUUGACGAGACAUCCAUGAGCUUAUAAGCUGCUUUCUGUUGUAAAUGUUUGGUUUUUUUUGUCUAGUUGUCUUCAUCAUGUUUUGUCUUUAUUUUAUUUCUAUGCACAGUUAAGCAAUUUGUAUAACUAGUCAGUCCCCCUUCACAUCUCUGGUAACCAACCACAAUGACCCUUUACAGUGUAGUUUCCAUAUGCUGUGUGAUGGUUAUGUAUUGGUUAGCAGUUUUGCCGUAGUGACUGUCAGUAGAUGCAAGAAAGGUUUUUCAGUAUGUUAUUGUCCAAGUAUGAAAUCUGCAGCCACUGCGAGAAGCUGAUGGCGAAACUAACCUGAAUAGGACUGUAGAUAGUUUUAUUUAUUUUUUAGAAAACCUUAUUGGUUGUAAUAUUAAUCUUUCUAAUUUGUUUACAGUGCAUUUUAUGGAAAGUGCUUUUCAAAUAAAUGCUGAGGGUUUUUUUCUCCA